UUUAUCUUCCAACUCCGAAGGAUCACACCAUCAGAACGAGUCUCUCCCACCAACCUUGCAUCGAGUUGAGACGGAGCGCUUGCCAGUUGAUCCCCGUUCGCAGAGGAACCAUUGCCUUCCUCCACUCGAAGCUCGCAUUCUUCGUUUCAUCUUGGCAAGCCGUGUCAUCCUAUCUGCCACCGUUCCGUGUUCACCUUGGAAGUUCAAGAGGGGCCAGCCAGUGCCAUACGCCGUGACGAUGCUGACCAUGGGCUACUUCUUCCCACGAAAGGAAGCUGUAACGCGUACAGACAUGUCCGUUACACCAUGGGUUCGAGAUUCUCACCUAAUGGCGGCACGCGACGCCGAGCAAGCACAGUCACUGUCAACGGAUCCCCGGUUCACGAUUGGCGACGACGCUGAGACUCACGACGACGACGUCAGCGACGUCGCACACGAAGUGGUCGUCGUAACGAACGGAUUCCGAUCCGGCGACUUGUCCUGGCAGCAGCAGGCGAAAUCGUCGUCGUCGCCAGUUACCACCACCCUUAUUCGCCCAGGCAAGCUGGAAUCCCAAGACAACUCCGACGCUAAUAACGAAUUCGACAAUAGGGAGGAUGGCUCCGAGGAUCGGGAGCCGAUGCUCAAAUCGCCGUCAGGAGCAGCAUCCGGGAAGAUUAAAUCAUUCAGCUUGGAACCGUCAGGGCAUGGCAGCGGAGGCGGAGGAGGCGGAGGCCACCACGGCUUAGGCGGCGGCCAUGGAUUCGCGGGAGCUACAGUAUCAAGCGGGAUCUUUAAUCUCUCCACGUCAAUCAUCGGAGCAGGCAUCAUGGGCCUACCGGCUACUCUCAACGUCCUCGGCCUGCCGCUCGGGGUACUGCUGCUUGUAGCGAUGGGGCUUCUAACGGAGCUGUCGAUCGAGGUGCUGGUGAACGCGUCGGCGGUGCGGCGAAUCUGGACGUACAGCGGGCUCGUGGUGGAGGACUGCGGGCAGCGCUCGCGCCUGGUGCUGGACCUGGCGGUGCUGGUGAACAACGUGGGCAUGUGCACCGUGUACCUGAUUAUAGUCGCCGACGUCGUGGCGGGCACAUCAUGGCAGCACGCUACAUCAUCCCCAGUGGAGGCCAUGCGGGAGGCAUCACUGCACGAGGGGCUGCUGGCGGAGUGGGGGCUGGUGGCGGGCGCGUGGUGGCCCAUGCGCCCCAUUGUCAUCAUCUCCACGAUGCUGCUCGUGCUCGCUCCGCUCGUGUCGCUCAAACACGUCGACUCCCUGCACUACACGUCAGCGCUCUCCAUCCUGCUGGCCGUGGUCUUUGUGGUCAUCACAGUGGCUGUCGCUGCCGCACAGUGGGUGCAGGGGCGCAUCCAGCUGCCGCGCAUGCUGCCUGCCUGCUCCUCGCUCAAAGACCUCACUGGACUCUUCUCAGUCAUCCCGGUGAUGGCGACAGCAUACGCGUGCCAUUACAACGUGCACUCCAUUUUCGUGGAGCUCAAGGAGCGCACAGCAGCCACGAUGCUCCGAGUAACGCGCUCCUCGCUCCUCCUCUGCACCACGGUCUAUGUGCUCACCUCCGUGUCCGCCUUCCUCCUCUUCGGCUCCAGCACCGCCUCCGAUGUCCUCAUCAACUUCGACCGGGACCUCGGCCUGCCCCUCUCCUCCCUCAUCAACGACACCGUCCGCGUCACCUACGUCCUCCAUAUAGUGUUUGUCUUCCCGGUUAUCUUCUACUCGCUGAGAAUAAUCGCGGACGAUUUGAUUUUUCCCGGGGCCGAGAAGCCACUGUUGGAGGAUGAUAGGCGGUUUGCGGUGGUGACGGUGGGCGGCAUGGUGCUGGUGGGCGUGGGCGCGGUGAUGGUGCCAAAUAUCGGCCUCGCAUUUGACAUCACGGGGGCCACGGCUACCAUGCUGCUCGCCUUUGUCUUCCCUGCACUGCUCACUCUCAAGGACCGUCUGGGGCUGUUUGCAUCGUGGCACAGGGCAGUGGCGCAUUUCCUUCUCGUCUUCGCUGCCAUUGUCAGCGUCACUGGCCUCUCCAGUGGCCUGUACCAUGCCUUCGUUUCUUCUGCUGAGUGAAAGCAUCGAGUGGUUGCUUGCUCCCCCUCAGCUGCUUGCAAGAGCAGCACUUCUCAGUCGCUGGGCAGUGUUUUCCAACCUGGGAGUCGGAUAUUUUUUUUUUGUUUUAUGGCUUUGAUUUGACAUCAGCCCCCCAGCUGAAGGUGCUGCUGCAAGGCUGCAACCUUGUAUGCUAUUGACAAGCGGCCAAUUCUCGUUCAUUCUUUCUUCUCUAGAGCCCCAUUUUCACAAGAAUGUGUCGGUUCUGUGUCCAUGCUUACGGUAUGCCAUUGCGAAGUGAAAUCAUUCCCCAAUGUUUGCAUUUGAUUCUAUACUUUUCUUGAAAUCCCCACC